UGUGUGUGUGUGUGUGUGUGUGUGUGUGUGUGUGUGUGUGUGUGUAUGUUUGACUGUGUGUGUGUGUACUUGCUGCACACAUCUUCCUGGAGUGUUUCAUUCAGCAGCACUGUGUUGACUCUACAUCAGUGUGUAUCAUUUUGUUGCCAUAGUAAGCUGAGCGUGGAUUAAUGUGUGUGUGUCAGUCCAUACACUUGUGAGACUGAAUCCAUUUGAGGUAUAAGAGCAUGAUGGGAGCCCUCUGCCUCUCGCUUGCACUCCUCUUUCUCCUCUCGUCUCCUAUUCAAGCCCAGUGGUGGACCCUAAUCCUCGGAGGCCUCAAAACUACCACCACCACCACUACCACCUUUCCUCCUACCACCCCUCUCUCCACCUCCAACCCCUCUAUCUCUCCAGACAACGCCAUCACCCAGCGAGGUGCAACAGUGGGGGUUGGAGAGAAGGGUGGGGAGGCAGAGGGCGUUGCAUCUGGGAUUACUCAGCAAGAGGGGUCCGCCAUAGCCCCUACACCCGGCCCUGGCGCCCCCAACCACACCACUGUGACAUCUGGGUCACCGCUUCCAACAGGGAGGCACCCAGGUGGAGCAUCGCAGGGCAGAAAAGCCAUGGCCCCAAACAGACCUCUGAAAUUGUGGAGGAGCGAUCGGGGGUCAGGUGGUCAUCUGGACCUGACAGAGCUGAUCGGUGUGCCCCUCCCACCUUCUGUCUCCUUCACUCCUGGCCAUGAGGGGUUUCCAGCUUACAGCUUUGGACCCGACGCCAACAUCGGCCGCCUCACCAGAACCUUCAUACCUGGCUCCUUCUACCGGGACUUUGCCAUCAUUGUCACGGUUCGCCCAAGCAGCCCCAGAGGAGGAGUGCUCUUUGCCAUCACAGAUGCCCGUCAGAAAGUGGUGGAGUUGGGUUUGGCCCUCACUCCAGUCCAGGGAGGCCUCCAGAGCAUCCUGCUGUAUUACACUGAUAGAGAACAAGCCUCCCAUAGUCACAAGGCUGCUGCCUUCACGGUUCCAGAUAUGACGAACCAGUGGACACGAUUCACAGUGGCAGUAGAAUAUGAUGAGGUGCGUCUGUACAUGGACUGUGGCGAGGCCGAGCGGACCACCUUCCAGCGAAGGCCAGACAGACUCACUUUCUCACACAACUCCGGCAUCUUCGUAGCCAAUGCAGGAAGCACAGGCCUUGACAGGUUUGUGGGUUCUGUCCAGCAGCUGGUGAUAAAAGAUGAUCCCAGGGCUGCAGAGGAGCAAUGUGAAGACGAUGAUCCAUAUGUGUCAGGGGACGCCAGUGGGGAUGGUGCACUGGACGACAGAGAGAUAGAGGAGGAACUGAUGAAGAGCACACUGGAGAAAAGGCUAGACACUGCACGGGAAAGGGACAGUUUUCCAGUCAGAGCUCCGCCCACUGAGCCUCCAGAGGUGGAGCUGGAUGAAUACUCUGGUCAUUUGACCCCAACUGAGGAGGCAGAUGAAGAGAUCAUGAGAGGUCCACAGCAGACAGAGGAACUGGGAGAGAGGUCAAGACAUGCACAUUCAGGAAGGGGCUCUAAAGGAGAGAGGGGGGAUCCAGGACCCAGGGGUCCCCCUGGUCCACCAGGUCCCACCUCUCCUUCCCGGCAUGGAAAGAUAACCGAGGCCCAGGCUCAGCCAGGCCCAAGGGGGCCGGGAGGCCCAGAGGGGCCUCCUGGACCCCCUGGACCAACAGGGGAAGACGGACAACAGGGAAGCAAGGGUGACCCUGGAGAGCCAGGAGAGAGAGGACCCAAGGGUUUUCCAGGCUUGGCUGGAGAGGAGGGAGCCAAAGGAGAGAAGGGAGACGCAGGUAUUGGGUUACCAGGACCCCCAGGCCCACCCGGGCCCCCUGGACCCCCCAGAUCACGCAGUGUACCUUAUGGAGCAGAUGCUCUGGGCUCUGGGUUUGAAGACUUGGACAGUGACACAGAACUCAUCAGGGGUCCACCCGGUCCUCCAGGCCCUCCAGGUCCACCCGGACCUCCAGGACACAAUUCAACAUCACUUGCCCCAGUUGGAGGUGUUUUCCCUGGAGCAUCUGGUAGAGACGGCCUAGAUGGACCAAUGGGAAAACCUGGAAUACCGAUGGUUGAGGAUUGGUUUAGUGGUUCUGGUUCUGAUGGUUCAGGUUUCGGACCAGAGUUGUCCUCUGAGCUUGGCUCAGAGCUCGGAUUGGGUUUCAGUUCUGGUUUCGGUUCCGGGUCUGGUUCUGGGUUUGACAACGACUCGUCUUGGGGUUCAGGCGAGGGUCUAGCAGGAAGAGACGGGGCCCCGGGGCCCCCCGGAGCUGUGGGACAGAAGGGUGAUCAAGGGUUCCCUGGGCCAUCGGGACAAAAGGGUGACUGUGGACCUCCUGGUGAGGUAGGAACCCCCGGGGCCACAGGUCCCCAGGGGAAUACAGGUCCAGCUGGUCCCCCUGGACCACCAGGGCCUUCUGGACCUGCCGGACCUCCAGGACCGAGAUUCUUUGUUGAGGACUUGGAAGGAUCUGGCAAGAGUGACAUACUCACUGGAGCCGGUAUCAGAGGCCCACAGGGUCCCCCUGGUUUGCCCGGUCCUCCAGGGCCUAAGGGUAGAGAUGGUGCUCCUGGAGCCAUGGGGCUGUCACUCAAGGGUGAUCCAGGGGAGCCGGGACCAGAGGGGCUGCAGGGGCUAGCUGGACUACCGGGAGCAAGGGGAGCCAAGGGAGAAAAAGGCAGUACAGGAUCGAAGGGUGAUCGUGGUGCUGAUGGGCUCAGCAUCCCAGGACCACCUGGGCGUCCUGGACCUCCUGGACCUAACAUCAGCCUGCAGGAUCUGCUCCUGAGUGACACAGAAGGCAUCUUGAACUUGACUGAGAUUAGAGGACCUCCUGGGCCCAUGGGUCUUGAAGGCUUACCUGGCAGAGCUGGAUUUCCUGGCCCCAGAGGACCAAAGGGAGACAUUGGCCGUCCAGGUAUCCACGGACAAACAGGGCUCAAGGGAGAAAAGGGAGAGUCAGGAGUGACUAUUGCUGCCGACGGAUCUCUCAUAACGGGAAUCAGGGGCCCCACGGGGCCAAAAGGCAUGAAGGGCGAGCGUGGCUACACUGGACCAGCUGGACAUCCGGGCCCAAUUGGUCCCACUGGAUCUAAAGGAGAAUAUGGCUUCCCAGGCCGACCGGGGCGACCUGGUAUGGCAGGGAGAAAAGGAGACAGAGGAGAUUCUGUUGGCCAACCGGGGCCCCCUGGUCCACCUGGCCCACCUGGACCUCCAGGAAGAAUUCUUGGGCUGAAUGGAACAGUGUUCCCGGUGCGUCCCAGACCGCACUGCAAAAAGGGAGGAGACUCGAUGGUGAGGAGAGGCCGAGUCGCAACUAAAGGAAAUAAAGGAGAUGUGGGAUUACCAGGAGAACCAGGAACACCAGGAACACCAGAGCCCAUGUUUCCUGACACAGUUUUGGGCGAGAAAGGUGAGAAAGGUUACAAAGGACAGAAAGGAGAGCAGGGGGAUUCAGGAUUGCCUGGUCCUUCAGGACCAUCUGGGAGGUCUGGACUUGUGGGUCCUAAAGGUGAGUCCGUCGUGGGUCCUCCAGGCCCUCCUGGUUCCCCUGGCCACCCUGGACCUCCUGGGUUUGGACGACCUGGUCCUCGUGGCUCGCCUGGUCCUGCUGGACCCCCAGGACCUCUACCAGCAUAUACCUCAGCUGUGAGUGUCCCCGGCCCUCCUGGUCCCCCUGGACCACCAGGAACUCCGGGAUAUACCAACCCAGUGACCAUCUAUAAGACCGUCCACACUCUUGCCAGAGAGAGUUACAGGGCAGCAGAGGGCACAAUGGCGUAUGUAUCUGACAGGGGAGGAGAGCUUUAUAUCCGAACACAUAACGGCUGGCGCAAGAUUCAGUUGGGAGAGUUAAUCCAGCUGCCCUCGGACGGGCCGUCUUCCUCAGCUGUAUCUCAGGCCCUCAGCCGGCCUGGUGACCGGAGCAGACCACAUAGAUUCCAAAGCCAGGAGCUGCAGGAGCCAAGUAGAGGGUAUCAACCCAGUUUUAACUUACUGCCACAGGCCUCUGACUCGGUACCAGGGCUUCACUUGGUUGCACUGAAUGCCCCGUUGAAAGGUGACAUGCGAGGCAUCCGGGGUGCAGAUUUCCAAUGCUACCAGCAGGCUCGCUCCAUGGGCUUAACAGCCACGUACAGGGCCUUCCUGUCCUCCCACCUCCAGGACCUGUCCACCAUAGUGAGGAAGGCCGACCGCAAUGACAUGCCUGUGGUGAAUAUCAGGGGCGAGGUGUUGUUUAGCAGCUGGAUGUCAAUCUUUUCCGGGAAUGGAGGCGUGUUUAACCCAUCCACGUCUAUUUACUCUUUUGACGGACGCAGCGUCAUGACUGACCCUGCAUGGCCGGAGAAAUUGAUAUGGCACGGCUCCAGCACGACGGGCAUUCGGAUGACCACUAACUACUGUGAGGCGUGGAGGGUGGGGGACAUGGCUGUGACAGGCCAAGCCUCUCUGCUGCAGACAGGCCGACUGUUAGGACAGCACACCCGCUCCUGUUCCAACCACUACAUAGUGCUCUGUGUGGAGAAUACCUACGUGGGAGACACACAAACCAGGAGGAUUUGAAAAAACAAAAAAAGACUAGAGAACAUUAGGUGCAGGUUCACAGCAGCAAACGCAUUGAUAUGCAGCCAUGCUGAAAGUGCAAAGAAAGAAACCUCAUUUAAUACACAUAUGCCCCCACUGGAGGAUGUGAGCAGGACACACAAAAAUGCAUAUCUACAUACACACAUGCAAACAAGCAGGCAUACUCACACAUACGUGCAUGCAUCAUUAUGUAAAGGCACACUCCCAUAUUAUGCAUAGAGAGCAAAUCUAAUUAAAGGUUGCACAAAGUAGUGUGAACAAAGGUGUACUCAUGCAAGCCGACAGAUACAAAAACUCAAACAGGCACAUACAACAUGUACUUGCACACACACACACACGCACACAUACACUAAGAUACACACCCUCAUAUGCAGAAAUUAAGUAAGUUUUGAGUUUACAUCUGACCAAUUCAAAAUAUUGUUAACCGCCACGCAUGACAAGUUAUGAUGGUCUGAGAAGGUACCAGUUGUUUACAUGUUUGGGCUGUGUGACUAACUGGGUGCAGAAUUAAAUGGCAUUAUCUCAGUUCCACAGCGUUGAGCCAACACACAUUAUCAAUGCUUGACUGAUGAAUGAAAUUAUUUCAUCCCUCAUUUCAAGGAGAGAACGGAAGACGCCAAGGCUCAACAUGUUACAAAUGUUUUUCAGCUUCGAUACCGAUGUUACAGUAUUACUGCAUGGAAAAAAUGGUAUCCGUCCAUCCAUCCAUCCAUUAUCCAAACCGCUUAUCCUGCUCUCAGGGUCGCGGGGAUGCGUUUCUAAUUCUGCAUUGUAAUAGAGACUACCUAUGAUCUGGGAGACACACACACUGAGGCUGAACAAUCAUUCAAUACAAAGGCUGCAUUUAACCCUGUGACUAAAAUCAGACGUUUUCAUUUUCCACAUUUAAUUAAAUAAAGUUGUUGUAGUUUGUACACACAAGAUUACAGUCAAAUUUUGCUCUUGUUACAUCAAAUCAGCGAGAGAUAACAGACAAAAUGAGAGUUAUCCCUCAUCACGUUGAUCGUUAUGUGGGCACUUGCUGAAUGCAGCUGUAAGUCCCUGAUGCCUGUCAUUUCCAUUUUAAAAUCACUGUCCAUCAUCACUUUGUCACGUCAGCCUGUCUGUUUAGUGAAGAAAUAUUGUUUGUGAGUAAAGGUAAAUGACUCCUUAGUAAUACCACAGCUGUUUCUCAUCCGGCCACUGCAAAGCCAAAGAAACAGGUUCAGGUUUUCCUCACAAACAUCUUAUCAGUCACAUUUUCCUCUGAACUUUCCAAAUCAUGAAAAAAAAAAGUUCAAUUUUGAUUUUGUCUUAUUUAUUGCUCGUGUGGUGCCGAUAUAUCAGUGAACUAAGGCAGGAGACGUGCUUGCAACAAGCCUCUGGUUUACAAAACUGUUUUGAAUUUAAAUCUGCUCAGUACUAGCAAUGAAUGUGUGCUAAAUGUUUUUACUUUUAGCCAAGUCAUUCGUUAUCUGCUGAUUUAAAAUGUUGCCCCCCCCCCCAUUAUUCCCAGUGUAUUUCCCCUGUUAUGGAGCAAACCACAGUUACAUCUAGUUGAAUGCAACAUGAACUGAUUGUUCACUGUCAAUCAUUUGAGUGUUGACACUGCAAAGUUACCCCACAAAUAUGAUAUAAUAAGAUUGGUAAAUUUAAAGUCCAGUCCCACAUUUACUUUUUAGAAACGCAGUUGAGUUUUUGCAUACAUCUUUACAUCUUUUUUUUUUGGUAAGCUUUAGAACUGAAAUCUGUGUCGAUUUAUUUUUUAUUUUUUGUGUAAUUUAUACUUUAGCAGCACAUAAUCAGAAAAAUCUAACAAACAAGUUCGCUUAAAAAAAGCCUGAAAGUGGAACAUGUACAGUACAUGUGUGUUGUUUUUUGGUCAUGUUUUUGUAAGACUAGAUGUUUGUAUGAUGCACACUAGAAGACUAUAGAGAUGUUUUCACCGGGUGAAGAUGAAUGACAGAUGUAGUGAACUCUUUCUGUAAAAAAAAAAAAGGAUUUCAAAAAUGUUAGAGGCACUAAAUGUUUGGAUUUUAACUUCAGAGAACAGUUAGUCUCACUUAAGUCAACAUAACUUGGCUUGACUUUGUUCCGUUUGUUCUUAUUGACUGGUGUGCUCAGUGAAU